AUGUCAUCAACUUCAAUUCCUUUCAAAUUUGAUCCAUUAACGGUUAAAAGACGAGCUGCUCUUGGAUAUCUGCCAAAUGUUAAAGAUCCAGAGCUUCAGUUGCAAAUGAAAUUUUCUCAACUAAAAUCUUCACGUUCAUUUGUAUUUAAAAACAAUGACUACGAAGUAAUGCAUGAUAGUAAUAGCAUUGGAUAUAGUAUGGUUCGAACUACUCGUGCUUUAUCAAAACCAGGAAAAUAUUAUUGGGAAAUUGUAUACAAUGGCUCCGAAAGUAAUCAAGGUCAUUGCAGAAUUGGUAUUUCUACUAUUAAUGCUCCAAUCGAAGGUCCUGUCGGAUUCACAGAGGAUGGUUAUGCACUACGUGAUGCAGGCGAUGCAUUUCAUAAGGCCAUAAAAUACCCAGGACCAUCGUUUAAUGUUAAUGAUACAGUUGGUUUUGGAUUAGAAAUAACAGAAAAAGAUUGCAAAUUUUAUUGUUGGAUUAAUGGAGCUAAUCAAACUCUCCUCUUCGAUAAUAUCCCGAUUAAAACGUAUUACCCAUCAGUAUCAACAUAUAGAGAUGCUGUUGUUUCCGGAAGAUUCGAAAAACAAAGUUUCAAAUUUUAUCCAGAUGACUCAUGGACUCCUGCAAAUGAUCAUCCUUUCAUAGAGUCUAAAUCAAGGUAUGAAGCUGAUGAACUUUUAAAUAUUAUGUCUUCUGGAGAUAUUAAGCUUUUAAACGAAGAAUUGGUUUCUAUUAUUAACCAAGCUCUUGCACCACCAGAAGAUAUACCAGCUUAA